AUGCCUCCCAAUUCGGGAAGUGCCAACCAGUUUCUCAAAGGGGAGCAAGAGCAGAAAGGAGCACAACCAAAGUCCGGAUUAAGCUACCUGCUGCAGAAGUCCACGGCACCGAAGAGCGGCCACAACCCCAAUCCAGCGCGGAAGGACGUGCUCACCUCACCAGUCCAGACGGGGGGCAAAGACGCCGCCGCCGCCGCCGCCGUCAACCAGCCAAACCAAGCCAGCGCCAACUUCGCCUCUUGCGGCAUCAAUGGAGUGCCAGUUGCAGAAAACUUCCGUAUGGAAGAAGCCACCCUCUCAGACAAAAUUGCUGAGGGUCAAGUUAAAGUCCGUACACUUUAUUUGUCUGUGGAUCCUUACAUGCGGUGUCGUAUGAAUGAAGAUGCUGACUUUGACUACCUCCAGACUUGGAAAUUGUCUGAAGUUGCUGAUGGAGGUGGAAUUGGUUGUGUGGAAGAAAGCAGAGAUGUGCAUUUUGCUCCAGGAGACUUUGUGACUUCCUUUACCUGGCCCUGGCAGACCAAAGCCAUUUUAGACGGAAAGCAACUGAAGAAGAUCGAACAAGACCUUGUAGAUGGACACCUUUCCUAUUUCUUGGGUGCAGCUGGCUUGACUGGGCUGACAUCUUUGCUGGGAAUCAGAGAGAAAGGACAUGUAUCUCCAGGCUCUAAUCAAACCCUGGUUGUCAGUGGAGCUGCUGGUGCUUGCGGCUCCCUGGCUGGGCAGGUAAGAAGCUAUAAACUCAGUCUAAUUUGUAGUGCAGAACUACCGGUAAUUAAUUCAAUCUGCCCUCCUCAUAUGCACUUUCCUAUAAUUUCACCUCAUUCUUACCCUAAACAAAGGUGGUAUUAA